AUGGCCUUGGAUGUAGGAAAAUCAGGUUCUGAAGCCUCACUGAAUGUGAAGGCCAAGUCCUAUGGUAGGUGGAACUACACAGAACUAGAGACAGACUGCCCUGAGCUAGUUAGCAGUGUGUGUCUUCUUUUAGAAGCAGAGGAAGUGAAGUCAUCCCCAAAAGGAACUGAGGAUGCGGCAAUGGAUGGAACAGGCCACAGAGUAACUGGUGUCUCCCAGAGAAAGCCCAGCUGUUGUAAAGUAUCUUUAACACCUUCUUCCAGGUUUUCCAGAGCAAGAGCAAAAGCAACAUAUGUGGAGAGGCAGCCAUUAACUGAUUGCUACCAUGAAUGGUUCUAUUUACCCCAUCGCUUUAGCAGAACUCUUUUCCACCCCGGAGGGCAGCAGAUGAAAAUGGUGGAAUGUCCGGGCUGUAAGGAGCACCUUCCGAAUGCUCCUGAGCGUCAGCCAACACUUCAGAGCUCAGCAAUGGACGCCAAAGUUUACAUCUCCAGUUCUGAGUCCCUUCCUGCCCUAAAUGCUGACCAUGGGAGCCAGGCCUCACUUUCCCUUUCUUCAACCACUUUGAAGUCUUUGCCUAACAGAACACUCCCCUGUUUUGAUACAGUAAUCCCAACGUUUUCCAGAUCGAGCCUUUCCACACCACCUUCAGAAGACGAUGACUUUGAACAGCAGGAGAUAAGAUCAAGAAGCUUACCAGCUCGAAGGGUUUUUCCUUCAUCUGAAGUCUUCCCCUCUCGGUAUCUGCACAGUCGCUCUACUCCAGUAGAAGAUCCCAUGCUCAGCACACGCAGGCUGUUAAAUCCUCUCUUUGAUGACUGCGUAGCUGUGGAACAAGAAAAAAAGAGGUCGUCCUUUCAGGCUGAUUACUGGGCAUGUGCAAUACCUGAUUCUUUACCCCCGUCUCCGGACCGGCAGUCUCCACACUGGAACCCUAAUAAAGAGUAUGAGGACUUGCUUGAUUACACUUACCCUUUGAAGCCAAAAUACAAGCUUGCAAAGAACACCAAGUCUGUGAUGCCUGAUCCCUUCUUCCAUGACUCUGGUAUAGAUCUUGACAGCUUUUCUCUUUCACCUGAGAGCACUUUGAAGUGUAUCAGUGCACCCGGUCAAAAUCAACAUGCUUCAGGGAGCAACGUAAGCCAGAGUAAGGAGUGUGGGAUCUCGGCAGAGAGAUUUUCAACUCCCUUGUCUAAGAAGCCAGGAUAUUUAGGAACAGUUCCUUAUUAUGGACCUUCACCUAUCACAAAAGUGUCCUUUGCAGAAUGUGUUGCUACUGCCACCAAAGCAGAUCCCAUUAGAGGGUUUGCAAACAGUUUGCUUACUUCUAAGUGUGCUGGACUUGGUUCAUGUGAUCAGACUCACAUAGAUGGGAGAGGCUGGGGUAGUAGAGAGGAUGAAGACUUUUCAAAGUGUCAGGUAAAGAAAAAGGGUGCCAGUCAUUUUAUACCCUCUACGCAAAUACUACCACUGAAAAAAGCAUGGGAGAAUGAUGAAGAAUUUCUUUCCCUGCCUCCCAGAAUCAAGGAGUUAGAAGGUUUGGCUCGAUAUUUGUCUGAUCUUUCACUGACUAAAGGGAGACCUGGGCAUGACCAGGUGCAACAAGACCUUCCAUGCUACAAUGGCAGCAGAGGGCAGCUUUCAUUUGACUCUGUUGAAGAUCAAGGCAGCAUAAAGAGCAAAUAUGGAAUUCACGGCAGUGAGGAUUGUGUUCUGUGUCAUGCGUGCAACUCUCAAAAGCCCUCUACAGAAAAUAUUAACCUGAGUAGCCAGGACUACAGGGAAUCUGUAAGCAGAUUGGGAAUGCCCUCCAUCAGGGACAUGCUAGAUGGGAGAUACCUAUGUGCACUGGAGACUGAAGGGCAGCAUCUAACAAAAGGGAAGGACCAACAGAAAGAGUCACUUGCACAAUGUAUUAAGAUAUUUUGCUGUCAGCUAGAAGAGCUAAUUCAUUGGCUGUAUAAAGUAGCAGAAGUUACAGACAACUGGAUUCCACCCGAACCAGACGUUGAAAGUGUGAAGACCUCCCUACAUCGUUACCUGCAAUUCAAGAAAGAUGUAGCUGAUCACCAGACGCUGACAGAGAGUGUGUUACAAAGGGGUGAAACCCUCCUGAAAUGCAUGGCGUCGAAUUCACCAGUUUUAAAGGACACCCUUGGAUUGAUUGCAAAACAAUCAGAAGAACUUGAAAGCCAUGCAGAACGUUUGUAUGAAUCGGUUUUGGCAGCUACGGAUACCAUUGGGGGUGACAGCCUGAUAAAGGACAGUGACACGCCACAAACGGUUGCUGAGGCAAAAGAAGCCAAGUGGGUAAUACCUCUAGCAGAGAUGGAACUUGUCAGCCAAUCUUUGGAGGCAUGA